UGGCCUCCAAGCUCAUCACAAGGACAAAUAAGUUAAGGUUCCACGUUAGUAAUUUUUUGGUGUUUGAAUUGAAGUUAAAGGGCCAUGGCUUCAGGAUCCAAAUCAGUAGCCUCUAUCCUCUUGGCACUGAAUCUAGUGCUGUACUUCAUUGUGCUUGUAAUUGCUUCUUGGGCAGUGAAUCAUGGGAUUCAAAGGUCUGGCGAAACAGCAUCUGUUUUGUCCAUUCCGGCUCGCAUAUUUCCAAUAUAUUUCCCAAUGGGAAACAUGACAACUGGUUUUUUCGUAAUUUUGUCUCUGGUUGCUGGUGUUGUGGGAUUCACCACCUCACUCACUGGAUUGCAAAACAUUUUCCAGUGGAAUGCUCCCAACUUACAUGCAGCAGCCAUGUCUUCAUUGACUACAUGGGCACUCACUCUACUAGCCAUGGGAUUUGCAUGCAAAGAGAUUGAACUUGGCUGGACAGACUCCAACCUGCGCACCUUAGAAACGAUCACGAUCAUUGUAAGCGCAACACAACUAUUAUGCACGGGAGUUAUCCAUGUUGGAGUUUCAGAAGUUGUUGCGCAGAGAAUGGGAGGAAGAGUAUGAGUUUCAGCUGGUGCAGGCUUAUACGAAUACUAUCUUUCAGGAAAAUUAUCCUCUAUGACUGCAGAAUUAAUUGUAACUCUUUCUUUGCACAGAGUUGUUUCAUUCAUUCAUGUACGAUAAAAAUAUUUAAUUGUAACUAUAUACUUUAGUUUCAUUUGAGGAAA